CAGAAUUUGACAACUUAUACCUGGACAUGAAUGGUAUUAUACAUCAGUGUUCACAUCCCAAUGAUGAUGAUGUUCACUUCAGAAUCUCAGAGGAUAAGAUUUUUGCUGAUAUCUUUCACUAUUUGGAAGUACUAUUUCGCAUUAUUAAACCAAGGAAGGUUUUCUUCAUGGCAGUUGAUGGAGUAGCUCCAAGGGCAAAAAUGAAUCAGCAGCGUGGGAGACGCUUUAGGUCAGCAAAAGAGGCAGAGGACAAAAUAAAAAAGGCGUUAGAAAAGGGAGAAACUCUCCCUGCAGAAGCCAGAUUUGACUCUAACUGUAUUACACCAGGAACUGAAUUCAUGGCCAGAUUGCAUGAACAUCUUAAAUAUUUUGUAAAUAUGAAGAUUUCCACAGACAAAUCCUGGCAAGGAGUAACAGUCUACUUAUCAGGCCAUGAGACUCCAGGGGAAGGAGAGCAUAAAAUUAUGGAGUUCAUCAGAUCAGAAAAAGCAAAGCCCCAUCACGAUCCAAACACGAGGCACUGUCUCUAUGGUUUAGACGCUGACUUGAUUAUGCUGGGAUUAACAAGUCAUGAAGCACACUUUGCACUCUUAAGAGAAGAAGUCAGAUUUGGUGGUAAAAAAUCUCAAAGAGCAUGUGCGCCAGAAGAAACCACAUUUCACUUACUACACUUAUCACUGAUGAGAGAAUAUAUUGAUUAUGAAUUUUCACCAGUGAAAGACAAAAUUUCCUUUGAAUAUGAUAUUGAAAGGAUAAUAGAUGAUUGGAUCUUAAUGGGUUUCCUUGUAGGCAAUGAUUUUAUCCCUCAUCUACCUCAUUUACAUAUUAAUCAUGAUGCACUGCCGCUACUUUAUAGAACAUAUAUGGCUAUCUUGCCAGAACUCGGAGGUUACAUAAAUGAAAAUGGGCAUCUGAACUUAAAACGCUUUGAGAAGUAUCUCACAAGAUUGUCAGAUUUUGAUCGUGAACACUUCAGUGAAGUCUUUGUAGACCUAAAGUGGUUUGAAAGUAAAGUAGGCAAUAAAUACCUCAACGAGGCAGCUGGUAUUGCUGCAGAAGAAGCCAGAAACAAUAAACAAAAGAAACCUAAGGCUCAGGAAAACUCUUUAUGUUUGGCUGCUCUAGAAAAAAAUGAAGAUGAAGUUGUGACCUCUAGAAGUGUGUUGGAAGAUGAACCAGAAGAUGAUGAUCUGUUUGAAACUGAGUUUAGGCAAUACAAGAGAACUUACUACAUGACUAAGAUGGGCGUAGAAGUAGUUUCUGAUGACUUCUUGGCUGAUCAAGCUGAAUGUUAUGUCCAGGCAAUACAAUGGAUUUUGCACUAUUAUUACCAUGGAGUUCAGUCAUGGAGCUGGUAUUAUCCGUAUCAUUAUGCACCUUAUCUGUCAGAUAUUCGCAACAUCAGUGAACUCAAAAUCAAAUUUGAACUGGGAAAACCUUUCAUGCCAUUUGAACAGCUUCUUGCUGUACUUCCUGCAGCUAGCAAAGAUUUGUUACCUAAAUGUUACCAGCAUUUGAUGAUUAGUCAAGACUCUCCUAUUAUAGAAUAUUAUCCACCAGAUUUUAAAACUGACUUAAACGGAAAACAACAAGAAUGGGAAGCUGUCGUAUUAAUCCCAUUUAUUGAUGAGAAACGACUGCUGCAGGCCAUGGAAUCGUGUAAUAAGUGCCUAAAAGAGGAGGAGAAACGGAGAAAUACUCACAGUGCUUGCUUAAUGUACUGGUAUGACAAAGAUACAGAAUUCAAGUACAUGUCACCGUGGCCAGAAAAAUUCCCUGCAAUAGAAAGGUGUCAUUCCAGGUUUAAAACAAUUCCUUUGGAUGCCUGGCACGUAGAAAUAACCCACAAUAAAAUAACUAAAAUCAACAAGAGUGCGUUAUAUUUCUGUGGAUUUCCUACUUUAAAGCACAUUAAACAUAAGUUCUAUCUUAAGAAAAGCGGUGUGCAGGUGUUUCAACAAAGCAGCCAUGGAGAAAACAUGAUGUUAGAAAUUAUAGUUGAUGAGAAUUCAAAAGAACAGACUGUAGAAAAUGUUGCCAGUUUGGUCCUUGGAAAGCUCGUUUUUGUUAACUGGCCACACCUCGAAGAAGCCAGAGUUGUUGCUGUAUCAGAUGGAGAAACUAAGUUUUAUUUGGAAGAACCACAUGGAACACAGAAGCUGUACAUGGGAAAUGCAGUGCCCCCAACUAAAGUGGCAUAUGUUGGAGAUAAGGAACAAAACGUAUGGUUAAAAGAAGUUCAAGGAGUUUCCGAACAUUACCAGAGAAGAAAAGGAAUAAUUAUUCAUGAAACAUCAGUAGUUGUGUAUGCUCAAUUACUCACUGGUAAUAGAUAUCAACUAAACCAAAAUGGUGAAGUUUAUUUGGAGAAGCAGUGGUCAAAACAAGUUCUUCCCUUUGUUUACCAAACUGUUGUCAAGGAUAUCAAAGCCUUUGACUCUCGUUUUUCAAGCAUCAAAACUCUGGAUGACAUGUUUCCUCCUGGGAGUACCGCCUUUAUGCUGGGAUCUCCUUACUAUGGCUGCAUGGGAGAAGUUCAAGAUUCACACGAUGUGAUCACAGAAGGUAGAAUUCGGGUAGUUUUCAACAUUCCGUGUGAACCCCAGCUUGAUCCCUUAAUACAGAACCAGCAUAAAUAUUCUGUGAAAUACAAUCCUGCCUAUGUUUUGGCCAGUCGUCUCGGAGUAAGCGGCUAUCUUGUCUCCAGAUUUACAGGGAGUAUCUUUAUUGGAAGAGGAUCAAAGAAAAAUCCUCAUGGAGAUCACAAAGCAAAUGUGGGGCUGAACCUGAAAUUCAAUAAGAAAAAUGAAGAAGUUCCUGGCUAUACUAAGAAAGUUGGAAAUGAAUGGAUGUACUCCUCUGCAGUAGAGCAACUACUUGCUGAAUAUUUAGAAAGGGUGCCUGAGCUAUUUAAUUAUAUAGCCAAGAACAGCCAAGAAGAUAUAUUCUAUGAAGAUGACAUUUGGCCUGGUGAGGAUGAAAACGGGGCUGAGAAAGUUCAAGAAAUCGUUGCCUGGCUAAAGGCACAUCCUGUUUCUGCUUUGUCUCGCUCAUCUUGUGACUUACAAAUCUUGGAUGCAGCCAUUGUUGAGAAAAUUGAAGAAGAAAUAGAGAGAUGCAAGCAGAGAAAGAGCAACAAGAAGGUGCGAGUAACCGUGAAACCUCACUUGCUAUAUAGACCUUUAGAACAACAGAAUGGAGUUGUUCCAGAUCGAGACGCAGAGUAUAGGCUGUUUGACCGUGUUGUCAAUGUGAGAGAGAACUUUUCUGUUCCUGUCGGUCUUCGAGGUACCAUUAUAGGAAUUAAAGGAGCCACUAGAGAAACAGAUGUGCUCUUUGAAGUUUUGUUUGAUGAAGAAUUCCUUGGAGGCCUAACUAUAAGGUGCUCACCUGCCAGAGGUUAUCGUCUGCCAUCAAGUGCCUUAAUUAAUUUGUCUCAUGGUAAUCGGUCAGAAAUGGGAAAUCAAAAACUGACGGCCAUAGUUAAACCCCAGCCAGCUGUAAAUAACUACAAUUCAUACACGUCUGAUCUAUCAUCUGUAUGUUCACAAAAAGUGCAUCUGGGAGGUCUCAACCAUUCUCCUCGCUCCCUUUUUGUUCCUACUCAACAGCUGAGUGGAAGGCAGCAUUACAAUCUCAGGGCUGAAAAUCAGGGCAACUCCAGUUCACCCCAGAAAGGAUCAUUUUUGAGUGGAAAUCAGAAAAAUAAAGCACAGAGUAAGCAAGAUGAUGAAUUCUGCAGCAUAUGGCAAUCACUGCAGGGUUCUGGGAAAUCUUACCACAUUCAACAAAGCAUGCACGAGAAGGGUGCAGUCCUACCUCAGGAAAUCAAGCUGGGAACUGGCAAUCAGUUCUACAAGCCAGGCUUCAAUGAGAGCAGCCUUAAAGGCCAGCAAAGAAAACAGGAGCCAUACAAAAAGUUUAAAGAAGAUUCUAAAGGUACAAGAAGUGAAAGUCAACCACAUAAUAAGAUAUCAAAUAAACAGAAUUUUGCAGGAUUGAAUAAGUACAAUGUCAAACUCUUGAAGAGAAAUGAAAGUCCCAGUGUGCCUGUAAUGCAGAAGGCUUCAUUUGAUGGUCCCUCUACAGCUGGAAAGAAGGACAAUGAACUUGAAAGCCUCCUAGCUUCUUUGAAAAUUUCCAAAGAAAAUGAAGUGCAGACUAACUCCAAGGAAGCCAGAGCUACAAAUGAAGAACAUCUGUCACCACAGUCAUUUGCUAUGAAAGGAACACAGAUGCUCAAAGAAAUUUUGAAGAUAGACGGCUCUGACCUGGAAGCCAAGAAUGAAGUGAAAUCCCAAGUUAAUGAUCUUCCUGUUCCCCCUAGUAGACAGGAUUCCCAUGGAGCUGCCUUGCAAUAUAGACAAACGAAAAAAAUGGCUGCUUAUAUGAACAAGCCUCAUAGCACUGGUGGCCCCCAGAACGCGUCAGCACUGGAAACUGGAGGUCACCCUUUCGUCGGUCCACAGCCUACACUGUCUACUCCUGUUUCCGAACUUUCUCAUAUUUGUUCUCUUCUUGGAAUGUCACAGCCUGAUUUCUCUUUCCUAAAAACACCACAGACCAUGACAGUUUGUCACAUAAAGUUAUCCAAUGGUUUGUUGGUUCAUGGACCGCAGUGUCAUUCUGAAACUGAAGCCAAGGAAAAAGCUGCGCUUUUUGCUUUACAGCGAUUGAGCUCCAUAGGAGUGAACUUCCCUUUGCCUCCACCUCCACCAGUGUUUCCAAAUUAUCAACCUCUGGGAGUUCCUGUACCACCUGGAUCUAUUCCUCCAGUCUUUACACAGCCCCCUCCUGCUAAUAUGAUGCCUCCAUCAUCUCACAUGUUUGGUCCAGUGUCAUGGGGAACUCCAGUGCCUGUUCAUGGCAAACAUUAUUAUCCUGGUUCCUAUCCAGGAAAUGUGCCUCUUGCAGGAACUAUACCAGUUGGUACUCACAACCAGUUUAUACCUCUGCAGUUGUUGCCACAGCAGUAUUUGUAGGAUAGCAGCAAGCCCUGUAAAAAGGACCACAAAGGGGACACAGUGACACCAAGGGCAUAAGGGCAGUCUGAAUACACACUCUUGGGCCAAAAGAAUCCAAAUUCAGGUGCGUGAGGAUCCAUGAAUAUUGAGAGUGUAGCUGAUAUGUAUUUCGAAGAAUUGGAUGUUGUGAGGUAAGUAGUUGUUCGUUAACAAAAGAAUCCAUAGUUUGAGUACAAUGACAGUUUAUUGCUGCCAAUUUUUGAGGUGUUUACUCUUAUUUUUCUGAAUUUUAAAAACUUCAUGUUUCAUUUAUGCUUUGAAGGACUGUACAAAUCAAAAAACAGAAUUAGUCCAAAUGUCAUCAAGCGCAAACAAGUAUUUGAAAGGACAGAGAAGGAAUUUUUCAGUGAAACUUUGUUGUUUUUUUUUUUCCAAGUAAAACUUAGUUCAGCAUUGCUUUAUGAAAGUUGAUCAUCACCCUUAGUUUUGUAUAUACUGUAAUGAAAAGAUAGACAAAGGCUGGCAAACAAAAGUCAACAUACAAUUUCUGUGCCAGUAACAAUAGCAACAAAUUUCAAAAUCAGCAACCUUUAGCAUGUUGAGGCUACAGGGUGAAGGAAGAAAAAAUGCGAUUCCAAUGAAGGUAAGCGGUCUCUGUGAAAGUAACCUGUGCACGCCUGAGGGGAUAAAACAGACAUUAAGUAUUACAUUUAAUAUUAGCUCCUGAUGUUUCUGCCAGUACAUGUUUCUUUGAAACUGUUGAAACACUUUGACAGUCCUGUGAAUCUUAAUUCAGCAAUAUAAAUGGAAAACACCGUAGGCUGCUGAAGCCUCUGAGUUGAUUGAGCUUGCAUUUAGAUGGUUUGUUCUUACUUUUUUUUUUUUCUGUUUCAGAUUUUUCCUUCCCCCCCCUCUUUUUUUUUUUUUUUUAAUGAUAAAGUUUUACUGAAUCAGCAGUUCUGAGGUACUUUUUCACCCCUUUAGCCCCCAGCGUAUCCGUUGUCUUUUCCUUCUACUUAAGCUUCACUGAUGGCCAUUUACCUCUAUUUUUAGACCCUUUCUGUGAGUUUCCAAAGUUUGAAAUCUGUGUUCUUUUUAAAGAGUGUUCAGCCCUGGACUUUCUAGGUCCAAAUGACCAUUUCUCGCUUUAUUCAAAUACGUACAUGUGUGUGUGUACCUGUGCGCACACACACACAUGCACAUAUAUAUAUAUAUAUAGGACUCUUUCUGUUUUUUUCAAAGCUGCUCAUAGUUCUGUCAUUUAUCACUUUCAGUCCUCAUCACAAUUUCUGUUUCAGCACAAAUUCCUUAUGUCCGUCAUCCUCUAGGUGUCUCUUUAUCUUGUAUACGGAUAUUGCAUGACCCCAAAUAAGAAGCAGGAGUUGGUAAGGAUGGAUUAAAAAUGCAGGGAAAUAAUUGAACAAUUACAAAAUCAGUAUAUCGCUUCUUACUUCACUUGCUUUGGCAGAUAAACUCUUAAGAGUUGGGUGUGUUAAAACCUUAUUGUCCUGAACUCCACCUCAACUUCACUCAAAGGUCACUUCUCUGUGACAGACCUGGCAGAAAGGAAGGCAUGCUUGUGCCUCAGGCACUUGAAUACCAAACUGAACGUAUGCAGGCACAGUUUUGAUGUGCAGUUCUCCAGUGAAAAUGCUGGUUUAACCAGUCUCGUGUUACUUGUUCCCCCUUGACUGUGCAGAUCUGCUUAGUUUGGCCACAUUAUGAACCAUACUGAGGUAUUCUUCUGACUGAAACUCUUUUCCCCGUGUUAUUUUUCAGCUCGAUGAGUUCACCGUGGAGCCGCAGGAAAAGGUGUGUUGCUACAAGAGUUAGCAGUAUGAGCGUGGGAUUGUUCAGCAAGACUGGGACUGCUUAAGAAACAUCCCCAUCACUGCCUAAAACUCAAAUCACCCAUGAAGCUAAAAUGCUAGAUGACCUGAUGUUAUUGUAUGUGAUUCUUUCUGUUAACUUCAAGGAGAGUGGUAACUUCUGGCAGGGGAGCAGGAGGAACUGCUGAGGAUGAUCAUGCUAAAUUAUUACAGCAAAAUUUGCCAAAAGCUCAUCACUUUCGUUUUGGGUCGUCUGAUAAGUUCCCAGGCAAGGCAUAAAGAAUGAUGCCUGUGGGCUGCACAGCCAAUGGAGAGAGAGAAAUUAGUGGGCUGUUGCUUAUGCAAAUGAAAAUCGGUUGAAGAUACUGAGGUCAAGCCACAUAGUGUGUUAAAACUCGGAAUUGUUAGAGCUGAAGAAGUAAAAUGCCAAACAAGAGUUUGGAGCAGCAGUGGAAGGGCAGAUGCAUCUUACAAAGUACAGCUAAGGAGGGGAACAUAGAGGAAAAGCAUGAGUUACAAGCUUUGGGUCUUGCUCUCCUAGAUUUCAGUAGCUGAAAUCCUGUUAGCUUGGCAGGUGGCAAGUUUGAUUCGUACCAGUAGCCUGAGGGCAAGAGAACUGGCUCCUAUGUAACGGCCGCACAGUAGAAAUGCGUCCGAGAGUACCUUAAAAAACAAUUGUUGAAAUUAUUUCCUGUUCCAAAUACAUUUUAAUUAAUAAUUUGGAAAGGUCCCAGUCAUAGAGAACGUCAAGGUAGCUCUCUUUCUAAUAGUUGGGAUCUUUCGCACUCUCAAGGCCUAUUUUAAUUACAGGAGCAAAAUCUCCUGGCUUGGUAUCCUCUGAAGCGUACUUGUUCCUGACUGAAACAGGCUGAGCAUGAUGACAUAGCUCACAAAUACUCGGUGUAAAUUACUCAUGAAGCAGGUUUGGUCAUCUCUGCCAGAGAUGAUCUUGUUGUCCCUGAUGUUCUGUUGUUUGGCUGGUUUUACUUAGUAACUCCUUUCCUUUGCUGCAGCAUUGGACGAGUCCCUGGAGUGCAUCCACUCCUUCAUUUGAUUUGAUAUUCCAGUAAAAGAUAAGACCUAUCAUACUUUCCAGAGACGAAAGAAACCGAGGAUUUCAACCCAGAAGAUGCAGAAGUAUGGUACAUAGCUGCUGCAGUAAUUGGUAUGUGACUCUAGGUGUGUAAAUUCUCUACCUGAUGGAAUAGUAAAACGGCACGUGCAUGCUCCUAUUUAAACCGGAAGACCAGGAUGGCUGCCUCGUAGAGGUUAUAUGGGCUUGUUCGUCGGUGUGGCAGUGCAGUAUAAAAUAGCUUUGGAGGCUGUCAGUACAUCCUCGCUGCAAAUGAAUGUGUUCGGGUUUGUGCUAAACUCAGGUUGGGGCUUUGCUCAUAUUGGUGACUGAAAAACUGUCAUCGUUUUUUUUUCUGUGAGCGUGACAGAGAUUUUGGGUGAAGAAACAGUGCCUGUGGAGGAAUUAAAAUAUUUAUGAAAAAAUGAUGUAAGCUAAUGCCCAGUAAGUCACGUAUGGACAGGCUAUGUAUGUGGGAAAAACUGUUGCCGCCUUUAUUGCAUUGCUUGUAUCACAUUGCAAUUAGAAUAAGAAUAUAGAAUUUAUAUUUCAUAAGUCUCUUCUUGAAGUUGAGCAAUUUUAAUACAUGCUAUAUAACUGAGAUUGUAGGUAGACUGCAGCUACACAAGUUAGGUCACGUUACCAUCUUUCCAAAGUUUAUAUGGUAUUCAUUCCUUUCCAAGAUACAUCUAAGUUCUCAUUAAUAUACUGAACAAAGUUUAAGAUUGGCAUAAAGAAAUCAGCUUAUGGUCGUUUCCAUGCAAUACAGUGAAUCAGAGGAGUAUGUUCUUGUUGCGUUAAGAGCUUGUAAAUGGAAAAAAAAAAAAAAAAAAA